AUGGCCCACCAGCUUCACCACAACCCCCCUUUCCGUGCUGAACACCUUGGUUCGCUCCUUCGUACCGAUGAACUGUUGAAGACAAAGACAGCUUUCGAGCAGGGGCAGGUCUCUGAGGCUGAGCUUGCCGCUCUCGAGAACAAGGAUAUCAAGGAGAUCGCUGAAACUCAGAAGAAGCUUGGCUAUGCAGCCGUCUCGGAUGGAGAAUACCGCAGACAUAUGUUCUGGGGGUCUUUCUUCCCUGGACUGGAUGGUUUCGAGGAAGUUACAGACGUCGAUGCCGAUGUUUUCCGUCCCUAUGCUCCCGAUGUCGCUGCUUUCCUUGAAGCUGGACACAAGCCUGGCGAGACUGUCAUCUGUACUGGCAAAAUCAAGCACGUCGGUAGUACCUAUAUCGACGAGUUCAAGUAUUUGGCGAGCGUCGUUCCCCCGGAGGAGGUGAAGAACAUCAAACUCACCCUUGCUGCUCCGAACUGGUAUCAUUUGCGCUAUAAGGAGGGCAAGGCCUACCCGAAGGAUGUGUAUGCCUCCGAUGACGAGUACUUUGCGGACAUCGCCAAGGCAUACCAGGAUGAGCUCCAGAUCUUGUAUGACGCGGGCUGCAGGAAUGUUCAGUUUGAUGACCCCAACCUGGCCUACUUCUGCUCUGACAAGAUGCUUGCGGGCUGGGAAGCAGAUCCAUUGAACGUCAUCACAGCCGAUGAGACGUUCGAGAAGUACGUCAAGUUGUACAACGAUCUGCUUUCCAAGCGUCCCGCCGAUUUCCACAUCGGUGUACACAUUUGCCGUGGCAACUUCGUCGGUAGCCGUCACUUCUCUGAAGGUGGAUAUGACCGCAUUGCAACCAAGCUGUUCAAGGAGCUCAAUGUCGACACAUACUACCUCGAGUACGACACCCCUCGCGCCGGUGGUUUCGAGCCACUGAAGGAACUUCCCACGCACAAGAAUGUCAUUCUCGGUGUCGUGACCAGCAAGUUCCCCGAGCUCGAGGACAAGGAAGAAAUGAAGAAGCGCGUCUACGACGCCGCCAAAUUCAUCGCGGAAGGCAACAAGAUCUCCGUUGAGGAAGCAUUGAAGCAGGUCGGUGUUAGCCCACAGUGUGGCUUUGCUAGUCACAGAGAAGGCAAUGCCAUUGACCGAAACGGCAUGAUCGCCAAGCUGAAGCUUGUCCGGGAAAUUGCCAAUGACAUCUGGCCUGGUCAGCUUUAA